AUGAUAGUGGUUCACGCAUGCGGCAUCUUCUCCUCUUCCUACCGGCACGGCCUCGUCAAUCCCGAGCACUACAACCCGAACUGUCAAAUCUGGACCGCGAGCUACAUCGACCGUGAAUACGGCUGUCGCGGGGUACUCGCGCUUUCCGAUACGGGGGAUCUUUACUCUGCUAUGAGUAGCUAUGCGGCCGCGGGUUAA